CUCUCUCUCUCACACUCUCUCUCUCACACACACACACACUCUCUCUGUCUCUCUCUCUCUCUCUCUCUGCGCCGUGCUUUUCUUCCCCCCACCAUCAGCUCCUGUCUGCUAGAGGAACCGACUGCAGCCGGUGUGGGCAGCGGCAGCAGCAGCAGCAGUAACCGGACGCACCUUUGGAGAUCCUCCGCGAUGUGAAGGCGCCCGAACCGAACCGUGAAGAGGUGUUCUGCGCGUGCGGGAUUUUCACCGCAUAAACAUUAAACAAAAAAAGCCAAACACAGAGGAGAUGAGAUGAGAUGAGAUGAGAUGAGAUGAGCUGAGCUGAGAUGAGAUGAGCUGAGCUGAGCUGAGAGGCGGUGGGAGCGGUGUCCCGGUGAUGCGAUGCGCACUCCACACGCUGGCAUGAAACCGGAGCGUCGCGGAGACUGAACGGGUCCCGAGGUGCGGGACAAGAUCCGGACCCGCAACAUUAACGGAAUCCCCCUUCUCCACACACACACACACACACACGCGCGCGCGCGCGCGCGCACACACACUUCUUCCUCACUACGCACGGCUAGAGAAAGUUUCCUGAUGGCCCUCGUCAUGGAACCAGUGAGCAAAUGGAGCCCCAGUCAGGUGGUGGACUGGAUGAAAGGACUGGAUGACUGUCUGCAGCAGUACAUUAAGAACUUUGAGCGAGAGAAAGUGGGAGGUGAUCAGCUGCUCCGCAUCACCCAUCAGGAGCUGGAGGAUCUCGGCGUGUCACGCAUCGGCCACCAGGAGCUGAUCCUGGAAGCGGUGGACCUGCUGUGCGCUCUGAAUUAUGGACUGGAGACGGAGAACCUGAAAACUCUGUCUCACAAGCUCAAUGCCUCGGCGAAGAACCUGCAGAACUUCAUCACGGGCCGCAGACGCAGCGGACAUUACGACGGCCGAACCACGCGCAAACUUCCCAACGACUUCCUGACGUCUGUCGUGGAUCUGAUCGCCGCGGCGAAGAGUCUGCUGGCCUGGCUGGAUAGGUGCUACUUCUUUUUCAGGUCCCCUUUCGCUGCAGUAACGGAUUAUUCAGUGACCAGGAACAACGUGAUCCAGCUGUGUCUCGAACUUACUACCAUCGUACAGCAGGACUGCACUGUUUAUGAGACGGAGAAUAAAAUCCUGCAUGUGUGUAAGACACUAUCCGGGGUGUGUGAUCACAUCAUCUCUCUAUCUUCGGACCCUCUGGUGUCUCAGUCGGCUCAUCUCGAGGUGGUCCAACUGGCCAACAUCAAGCCCAGUGAGGGACUGGGCAUGUACAUCAAAUCCACAUACGACGGGCUUCACGUCAUUACCGGAACAACCGAGGGUUCUCCAGCAGAUCGCUGUAAGAAGAUCCACGCAGGUGAUGAGGUGAUCCAGGUGAACCAUCAGACAGUGGUGGGCUGGCAGUUGAAAAACUUGGUAAACUCCCUGCGCGGGGACCCUGGAGGGGUGACGCUGACACUGAAAAAGCGCCCCCAGAGCACGCUCACCUCGGCCCCGGCCCUGCUAAAGAACAUGAGGUGGAAGCCCCUGGCCCUUCAGCCUGUCGCGCCCAAGAGCCCCACCAGCAGCUCGGCCACGCCCACCAGCACCAUCAGCACGCCCACCAAACGAGACAGCUCCGCCCUCCAUGACCUGUACAUCCCGCCCCCUCCCCCCGAGCCCUACACACCCAGGGAUGAGCAGGGGAAUCUCCCCAGUGAUGAACGAGGUCAGGGGCUUCCUGCAGCCAAAGGCUCCGAGUCUCCGAACUCCUUCCUGGACCAGGAAUAUCGUCGUCGCUUCCCUCUGUUGGAGGAUGAAGCUGUGCUCUACUGCUACGAGUACGAGCCAGGCCGCGGAGCUCCGCCCUCUCGCAGAGAUGCCAUGCCCACUUAUGGUCGUUUAAGGCCCAUCUCCAUGCCUGUGGAGUAUAACUGGGUCCCGGACUAUGAAGAUCCGGCCAGACUGAAGAGAGAGGGCAGGAGAGAUAACACGAUGCUUCGGUAUGUAAACGAAGAGAAGGUUCCAGAAGAAUAUCUGACCGGACGCAGCGCUAAGCGUGACACGGGCAAACGGGCGAAGAAGAAGAGCGAGAAGAGCAGUAGCCCCUCCCACUACGGCCUGCUGCCCGCCCUGCAGAUGGAGGUCCUCCGUCAGGAGUCCAUGUCCACCCCGAGCUCGGACUCCACCUCUCUGUACCACACAUUCCAAGGAUCCUCCCUGCUAUCAAAGUCCAAGAAGAAAAACAAAGGCGCGCCCCUGUCCUCCAUCAGCAAGAGGAGAAUCUCAUGCAAGGACCUGGGUCGAGGAGACUGCGAAGGCUGGCUCUGGAAGAAGAAGGACGCUAAAAGCUACUUUUCCCAAAAAUGGAAGAAGUACUGGUUUGUUCUAAAGGAUGCCUGCCUCUACUGGUACAUGAAUGAGGAGGAUGAAAAAGCUGAAGGGUUCGUCAGCCUCCCGGAGUUCAAAAUUGACCGUGCCAGCGAGUGCCGCAAGAAGUAUGCUUUCAAAGCGUGUCACCCCAAAAUCAAGAGUUUCUACUUUGCGGCUGAUGGAGUGGACGACAUGAACAGGUGGCUGAGUCGGCUAAACAUGGCGGCGGCCGGCUAUGCCGAGAGAGAGAAGAUCCGUCAGGAGCAAGCUGAUUACUGGAGUGAAAGUGAACACGAGGAUAAUGAAACCCCGUCUACGCCGAAGCAGGACAGUCCACCACCACCGUACGACACAUAUCCCCGCCCCCCCUCAAUGACUUGCGCAAGUCCAUACCCGGGGCCCAAGCACGGCCGGCUGUCGUCCACCGAAACCUCCCACUCGCGCUCGUCUCAUGAGGAGUACCGCUCCGAUCCUCCAGGUGGAGGUGGCAGCAGCAGCGGUGGCGGUUCUCCGGCCCGUAAGUCGGCGAGUCAGCGGCGUUCGUGGCAGGACCUGAUCGAGACGCCGCUCACCAGCUCGGGCCUGCACUACCUGCAGACGCUGCCGCUGGAGGACGCUGUGUUUGCUGAGCCGGGCAACGGGAUGUCCCCCGAGCGCCGCCGCCAGUCCACGCUGCCCGCCCAGCGCACGCUCCUGCAGGAGCACUACGGACCCUUCGACAUGGCCGAGGGCGAGCGUCUGCGGGACCCUGCGGCCGGUGGAGGGAAACCCCGCAGCUUCACACUGCCACGCGACAGCGGCCUGCAUGCACUCCUCUCGCCCUCCACUAGCAUGGCAGAGCAACGGGAUCCUCCACACAGAGGUGACGGCGGGGAGCAUGAGCGGGAACACGAGCGUCAGUGCCACACCGACUCUCUGGGAGACCUGUACCGGGCGCUAGAACGCGCCAGCGUGUCUCCUCUGGGUGAGCCGCGUCUCUCCACCCGUCUCGAGUACAAGCACUCGUUUGUGCGCCGCUGCAACGACCCGCUGCUCAACGACAAAGUGCAUCGCCUGCGCAUCCUGCAGAGCACGCUCAAGGACAGGGAAGGCGAGAUAGCAGUGAUUGACAAGCUGCUGGACAAACCCAAGCUUACGUCCUCCGACUUCCAGGAGUGGAAGAGAACGUACAUGGAGCUGUUCUCAGCCGAAGACAAGAAGGACCGCCAGCCUAGUCCACUGUCGGAGCCGAGCCCCGCCUCCACUCCCGAGCCCACACCUCGCACGCCGUCCCUCUCACACACACACUCCUACAUCGAGACUCAUGUCUGAGUCAUACACACACACACACUCCCACACUCCCACACGCACAAACAUUUUCAGGUUCUAACUGGCCCAUCUCAGGACCUUAAAGUGUUACACAAACAGUACUGUAGGUUUAUUUAAAGGAAAACUCCAGCUCCCUGUGCUGAAACUCCAAACUCACUUACAUAAUGGAGGUCUAAGGGCAUGUGUUGAACAUCAGGUAAAGAUGUUUGCAUAUAAAUGAAGCUGUAAAUGUGCCGAAUGUCAACUACUUUUUCAGAGGGAAAAAUCUGUGGUGGUUGUGUGUCUCUGAUGGUGUCAGGAUACUUCAGGAAAGUGUAAAGGAUCCGGAACUACUUUUCUACUGUAUAGCUCCAGAGUUGCUGUGGAUAAGUUGGAUAAAAACAGUUUAGGGAAGAUUUUCUGUCCUGUUUGUCUCAUCCUUACAACUUUAUUGUUUACAUUUCUCUUUUAUAGUUAUGUAAUUUAAAGGUUUAUUGACAGAAUUCAACAUCUGCCCUUAGACAUCUAUUAUUUGUACGUUUGGUGUAAAUUUAUUUAUAUAGUUUUUGAAGGGAAACUUGUGGAACCUUCUGGUGUGUGAUACUCAGACAAACACGCUACAGAUACAGGUGAUAGAGGUAACUUUAAAAAUGGAGUAUUCCUUUACUUGUGUAUUCUAAUAGACACACAUGGUUUGUGUUAAAAGCGCAAACAAAACCAGCAGCCUCGACUCAAAACACUGGAUUUGGAAACACCGAUUACUGGUUUUGACUCCGCAACGUUUCCUGAGACACAAGUGACAGCCGUCAAACACUGCAAUAGGACAGAACCACGUCCAGAUAUGUGGCGUAACAGAACCACAGGAUGCAUUGCACAAAUUUGGACACUGGAACCGAAGCCUGGAACUGUGGGACAAAAGAAAAGUGGACAUCACUGUCAUAAUAUCAACAUUUAAUUUUUUAUUAUUUUUUUUAAACCACUGUUAAUAAGUUUAUAUGCUGAACCUCACAUGAGCCAGUUGCUUAAAGCUGCAUCAUCAUGCUUUCUGAUUGGAUCUCAAAGAUCUUAAGAGUCCAAAAGUCCAGAUCCAUCCAUACUAAACAGCAGUUAGCUAGUUUUAGAAAUAGCUAGCUAAUAUUAAGCUAGUUAAAUGGACAGAACAAAGCCUGCCCAGUUACCGGUAAACUCGUGGUGCGUACAUUUAAAUUUGGUAGUAUGUUAGUAUAUAUUUGUUAAUGUAAACUGGAAAGUCUUGCUGUAGUGACCUAAACACUGGUCCUCAUUUAUCACUCUUUUAAUAAAGUUGUAUGUUAAUGUUUUCGUGGCUAAACCGAACUGAAAAUUCCUGCCAGAUUCACAGUUUCAAUUUUCACUGAUCUAUGUACGUUGUUAAAUGCCAAUCAGCCAUAAAUUACCAAGCAUGUUCACAGCAUUUACAUUUAGCCACAUCCACAACACUCCAUAAAAGGCAAAGCUCACAGUGAGGUGAAAACGAAAAAAAAGACGAUUAAACUGUGAAACUGAAUGCGCAGAUUCUUCCACUAAUGCAGCUCAGCCACUGCGGCUCGCCGGCUACCACAGACACACACUAAAUCCUCCUCCUUUUAUAGGGUGCCAUUACUUUGGUCUCAAGUUAUGGAUUUGUUUUGUUAUUGCGUUAGUGAUUUUCCUUAUAUGGAAAUGAGAGAGUCUCUUUGUAUGGAAAUUUACACAAACUCAGGAGUAACACAUAGAACAGGAACUUUUUACAACUAACUGGAAUUUCAUCAAUAUAACAUUUUCUUGUGUAAAUCCUCUUUUGAGCAAUUUACGAAUAAAUUUGUUUGUAUCCUGAUUGAUAAAUGAGGCCCACUGUUUGUUAAAUAGCUUGUAGCUAUCUAGAUGAUGGUGAACUAUAAAGACAUGUACAAUAUAAAUCCUGAUUAUGUUCAAAUAUUUGGCAUCAAGUAUUAAACAAUACAAAAUGUGAAUAGUGUGCAAAUAGAAAUACACAGACAUCCACAGACAUUUGUCCUGCCUCAUGAAAAGACGUAACUGUAAACUUGUCUUAUUUUUGUUGUAUGAAGUCGAUGGUUUGUAUACAAAUGACACUAAACAUCGGAAAAUACCUUAAAAUGUUCACUUAGGAUGAAAUCUAAACGUGUCAUUAACGUCUUCAUGCUCACUGGAUUGUGAUAUAUUUCACUAUUUAUGUAUUUAAGCAUUAAUAAACAACCUGCUACUUUUAAAAGGACAGCUGAAAUAAAAAACUUACCCGUUAAUACAAGCGUCAUAAACACGCCCAUUAGGGAAGGAUUUUUUCCAGUUCGUACUAAAGAAACCUUUUCUUCGAGGUAUAUUUUGAAGGCUUUGGGGCAGAUAUCUGUUUCCUCACCAAUAUUUGGACUAAUCCCGCCUCCUGCGUUACGAUUGGCUAGCAUUUCUUACUCGUAAUCGCAAUGCGACAAAUGAGCGCUCGUUCGCAGUCAGGAUUCCGCAUCCUUUCGUGAUGUAUUUGUGUGAUGAGUUGUGUAGCGCAGAUUGGCAGUGAUACAAAACCGUGACCGUAGAAGAUGAGGUUUGCAAAACAGUACUAGUAAAAAUGACAUAACAUGACAAUUACAUAUUAAACGCUAGACCUGCUGUUGUAAACACGCCUACUACAGAUUAUACUGAACAAAUCUUUCUUUUGAGAUAAAUUUUUACAACAGAUAUCUGUUUCCACAUCAAUAUUGAGACAAAUCCCGCCUCCUGUGAUAUAUGAUUGGCUUGCAUUUCUUUCUGUACCCCAAAUAAUCAUCCAGUGUAGCAGAUGGUCAGGAAUAUAAAAUUGUGAACACAGAAGCUGAGAGACGCAACACAGGACUAGUGAAAAUAAUCAUUUACAUAUUAACAGCUACUUUAAUGUCAGAAUUCCCUUGUAAGAUCCUCAAGACUUUUAGAUUUUGGUGUAGCUAAUAAAAGCACUUUUUUUUGUAAAAGGAGAUCUGCUUGCAGGUGUAGAUGAAGGCAUAUGAAGAUAUAUAUACACAUGUAUUAGAGUCCACAGUGAGGAAAUCACACCUGUGUGUAGGCUUUGCUGGCCGAAGCCUGUGAUUUAGCUGUGCGUGGGUUUUGAUAGACGUGUUCGUUCUGCAGAGCUGAUCGUCUGAGAUUCAGGAGGAGAGCUCGCUUUUCGACGCCUCCAGCUGAAAUGAGAGAUGACUCUAUAAAAAUGUAAAGUAGUUCAUAAACACGAAGCACGUUUUCUGCACAGGGACUCCAGCGAUACUGAUUACUUUAGCUCAGUCGUGCCAAAAAAAUAACAAUUUCGCCAAUACCACUUCCUAUAAACCUACUGUGACUGGGUAUUAUAAUGAGCUUCAUGAAUAAUUCAUACAGUGUGUGUGGCUUCAUCCAAUCACAGGGCAAGAAAAUGUUACAAAUGAAUGUCUGAUGCAAGCAAAUAUUCAGGAAAGUAGGAGGACUUUUCAUCAGGGCCGUUUCAAGCUAUAAGCGGUACAAGCAGUCGCUUAAGGCCGCCAAUCCACCAUUUCUUUAUCAUUAUUCAAUAAUUAUUUUUAUUAAUUACAUGUAUUAAUUAAUUUAAUAAAUAAUUUAAUCAUUUGAUUAGUAAAAAAAAAUUAGAAAUCACUUGAGUGAGUAAAAAGAUAUAAAUAAUUAUUAAUUAAUACAUUAAUUAAUAACAUUCAUUGGUUAAUUCAUAAUAAAACAAAUUAAUUAAUAAUAUUAAUUAAUAAAAUAUUCAUUUUAUUGUACAUCAGCACUCACUGUUAUCCAGCUUCAUUUGUAUAUAUAUACAGUAUAUAUCUUAUAUUCUUAUACUGCAUGGCUCAGAUCCAUUCUAACACUUUAUACUAUUUUUGUUUGGUUGUUUGUUUGUUUGUUUGUUUUUUAUUUCAAAUGAGUGCUGAACGAAAUCUAAUGGACUGGACUUGAAGCAAUCAAAGCACUCAGAGGACUUAUUUUGUGUGCUUUUUUUUUUUAGACAAAGACUAUUUCUGAAUGUUCUGAUUAGAGUUUAAUAUAAGAUAAGAUGACGUAUGUGUAUUAUAAUGUACAUUGCAGUUGUGCGAGAGAUAAAUAACCCUCAUGAAAACACGCUGAAGUAGAACAGAAUUUUCUUCUAUAUUAAUUAAACUGAUGUACUUGAUUUGAUCAUGUGACUAUAUAAUAUAUGAGGUAUAUCACCAUUAUCACUAUGUAGAUUCUUUUAGACUCAGCACAAUGUUUGCUCAUGGAAAUGACUGGAAUUACUAGAUUGGUUUUCUUGCAGCUGCCUGUUUUUAACCUGAAGCUCUAUUUAUUUUUUGUUGGACUUGUGCAAAUUUUUUUUUUUUUGCAAUUAUGAUGUUGUUCUGAGUUAAAAAUCAUAACUUAAAGACUGAUAACUCAACGUACAGACCAAUCUAGUAAAUCUACAAUCAUGUUUCUGCAAAUAAUUAUUUGUUCUAAUUAGGCAUGCCAUUUGGGAAAUGCCGUUAGUACGUGCUGUGUUUAGCUUACUACCUGGCAGUUUUAUUUAUUUCAGAAUUUAUUUAGGAAAUCGAUCUGUUUCUCCAGUUUUGAGGUCCAUGUGGUUAAAGUCAAUAAAACUUUGCUCAUGAAA